UAUCAGGACGACCAGGAGAGGACUGAGCUGGCCGAAUGGUUAAAUCUAACCUACAGACGAUUUUGAAUAGUCAUUGUUUUGUAAGAGAAAAAGAAAGAAAYUUACCCGAAAUGCCUGUCAUGGAGCAGUCCAGUAAUAAUUCGGAAAGUAUCUCCAGUCCCAGGAGGUGCUCCUGCUGUUGCAGUAACCCGUGUCCGGGGCCUCUGUGGUGCUCCGAUGCCCCUCUCCCACCCCUGAAGAUCCCAGGUGGGCGAGGGAAUGACCAGCGGGAUCGCAAUCUUCCAGCUAAAAUAUUUUACUCUGAUGCUCAGUUGUUGGUUCUUGAAGAGCCUUCCCCUGCAAACAGCAGAGUGCGUUUCUUGCUCUUUGAGCCCCGUCGCUCUGAAGCCAAGCAUUGUGUCUGGAGGGCUGUGCUGAAGGGGGCCAACCUGUAUGUGGAAAUUCCUCCAGGAGCUUUGCCAGAGGGCAGCAAAGACGGUUUUGCACUUUUGCUGGAAUUUGCAGAAGAACAGCUGCAGGCUGAUCACGUGUUCAUCUGUUUUCACAAGAGCCGUGACGACAGAGCAUCCUUGCUGCGUACGUUCAGUUUCCUGGGCUUUGAGAUUGUUAGACCGGGUCAUCCUCUCGUCCCUUCCCGACCUGAYGCUUUCUUCAUGGCUUACAGCAUCGAGCGAGACUCCUCUGACGACGAUUAAAAUGACGCUGAGCAGUUACAGGUGUUUGUUGUUGUUGAUUUUUCACUCAUAAUGCCCACACAUCUUUAUCAGUUUUUUGGAAAUGAAUAUUGUCCUUGUUCAGUGAAGUUGAGGUUUCCUAUUAAAAGUUUUUUUUUUUUUUUGCUUUUGCCCACUAUGUGCUGUGUUUUCGAUAAGAUUUGCACUAGGCUAAGAUGUUGUUACAGCAGGAAGCGAGGGCCCGCAUGAUAUCUGAGCAGAACCUCCUCGCCUCUGUUGACUUUUUGCUCCUCCCCUCUGAGUUCUGAUCAUCUUUACUGCAUAUUUAUGAUCGAUUAAAAUCCAUACUGGUGUAAGUAGAUGUUGUCAUAUUAAGUAUCAGUUGAUUCCUCUGUUGAUAUAUUUUUUUAAUGUUGCAUGAUUUUAAUUUGUUCUGCUGCAUAGAAAUCUGCAUGUUGUAACUACUAAAUAAAAGUCCUCACUAUAGAGA